AUCAUACGAUUUACUUCUUCAUCAACACAUGGCCGGUGCUUGCUAAUAUUUUUCUUGUUUAACUUAAACCUAACGCCAAUUUUAAGUGCGGUUCCAUUUUCAGUCUUAUACCAAAUGAAAGUUAAAGUUCUCUCGAGGAACCCGGAUAAUUAUGUCCGGGAGACCAAACUAGAUAUUCAGCGGGUCCCUAGAAACUAUGAUCCUGCACUCCAUCCAUUCGAGGUAUGUAGAGAAUACACCCGGGCUCUGAAUGCCACCAAGCUUGAGAGGGUGUUUGCCAAACCUUUCCUGAGCUCCCUUGAUGGACACAGAGAUGGGGUGAACUGCUUGGCCAAGCACACCAAGAGCCUCUCCACCCUGCUCUCUGGCUCCUGCGAUGGAGAGGUGAAAGUGUGGAAUCUGACCAAACACGAAUGUGUCCGCACGCUUCAAGCACAUGAAGGUUUUGUCCGUGGAAUGGUUGUCCGCCAUUGUGGAACAUCCUUCUUUACGGUUGGUGACGACAAAACAAUCAAGCAAUGGAAAAUGGAGGCGCCAGGUUACGGGGAGGAAGAGGAGCCACUCAACACUAUUUUGGGAAAGACAGUCUUCACUGGAUUAGAUCAUCACCAGAAGGAGGCUGUGUUUGCAACAUGUGGCCAGCAGGUGGACAUCUGGGACGAGCAGAGAAGCAGCCCAAUCCGCUCCUUCACUUGGGGUGUAGACAGCUUCAGUGCUGUUCGCUUCAACCCUGUGGAGACUGAACUUCUUGCAAGCUGUGCCUCUGACAGAAGUAUAGUACUGUAUGACAUGAGAGAAUCAGCACCACUUAAAAAGGUUAUUAUGACAAUGAGGAGCAACACAUUAUGCUGGAACCCUAUGGAGGCCUAUUACUUCACAUGUUCAAAUGAAGACUACAACCUCUACACAUAUGACAUGAGGUACCUGGACCGGCCAGUCACAGUACACAUGGACCAUGUCUCUGCAGUGCUGGAUGUUGACUAUUCACCAACUGGGAAGGAGUUUGUCUCUGCCAGUUUUGACAAAACCAUCCGCAUCUUCCCCAAAGAUGGUGGCCAUAGCAGGGAAGUCUAUCACACUAAGCGUAUGCAGCAUGUCAUCUGCAUAAAAUGGUCGGCAGACAGCAAAUACAUCCUAAGUGGUUCUGAUGAAAUGAACAUCCGACUGUGGAAAGCCAACGCAGCUGAGAAACUAGGAGUGCUGGCCCCAAGACAGAGGCAGGCCGCCAACUACAAUCAGAAGCUGAAGGAGAAGUUCCAGCACCAUCCGCAGAUCAGACGCAUCGCUCAUCACCGACAUCUACCCAAGAGCAUCUACCACCAGACCAAGGAGCUGAGGAUUAUGAAAGAGGCUCGCAGAAGGAAGGAGAGGAAUGUCCGCAAACACAGCAAGCCAGGAACUGUUCCUGUGGUGUCUGAGAAGGAGAAGCAUGUUGUGACUGUGGUCAAAUAGGCAGGGCCCGAGGAGAGGACAGAAGACAGACGUCGCCGUCAAGAAAUGAGGUGGAGCCCAAGAUCACACCCACAUGGGACACGCUCAGACUGUUCUCACUUAAGAGUGGGGGAUAAAAUUGAGUUUUUCAGUUAUGGGAGGAACAAUUGAGCAGUUUUACAUUGUUUCAAGUUCACGGACACAGAGUGUAAAUACAUACAAACACUGAAUGUUGUAGAGCGUUCUCUUUCUGCCAAGAAGGCAAAAAUAGAAUUGUUGUGUAAAGGGAACAACUGCACAAGAAGUGCAGUUGUUCCCUUUACACAACAAUUCUAUUUUUCCUGUAUUUGAGUGACUAACCCCACAUUUUGCUUUGAGUAAGUUUGCAUUUUUCAUCACUGGAUCCACAACAAUUUGAGAAAUUAAAAGCAGAUUUAAUCGAACCAAAUUUAAAGAAUGCAGCAUGACUCAGUACCUGCCUGGAAAAAAAUGUUCCUUGUGGUUUCAUAGUUGUUGCUUUUUUUCAUGAACUCUUUGACACCUGAGGAAGUUAGCUUGAUUUCUUUCAAAAACAUGAGAGGAGGGCAUUAAAAAACUUAAGAAGGAAAGACCCAAACAUUUGCAAAAAUAAAUUAAAA